AUGGGAGAUACGGAGUUUCAAGUUGCGGUUACAAAAAAAGAUGAAGAGGAAAAUGAUCAGGAUAGAAAGCGAACUGAACGUGGGAAGCUUAUGCAAAUGCAGAAAAAUUGGUUGGAAGCACGAAAAAGAAUCGCUGCUCUGGAGGCACAAGUUAAUAUGCAUCGACUUCGUGAAGAAGCAUUGGUUUGUGAAAUGGUUGAAUUACGCAAGAGUCAAGAAGUGAGUCGGACCAAGUUCGAUGAGGAGCGCCGUGAAUGGCUCCGCGAUGUGCGAGCAGUUCAGGAAAGUAAAGCGCAGAAUAUUGAUAAAGGCAAGGCCGAGAUAGAUUCGUUAAAAGCAGAAAUAGCGGAAUUAAAGUCCUCCUUGGAUGAUGCCGAACGAACCCGUCUGUUUUUGUUGGAAGACAAUGGUAAAAUAAAACAGCAGAAAGCAAAAUUAAGAUGCGAUUACAAUGAGCUGAAGCGUGAACAUAAUAAAUUGCUGUCCUCCCAGCAAGUUGGAACAACUUCUAGAACAAAUGAAAUUCUCUGCGAUAGAAGUGGAGCAGAAAACAUUCCGAGUAGAGAUAAUCAGAAUGGGCUGCGAGGUGGAAAUAAUUCUGGAAAUGCUGUUCUCGGUUUGUCUAAGACAUGCAGUAUAUGCAUAUCACCAGUUUUGUCAACACAAUCAAAUAAAUCUAAUGUUACUAGUUUGGAAACAGAUUUUAAGCGUAACGAAGAUUCAAUGACCACAUCUGUAAAUAUGCAGGAAAGUGUUCUUAUGAGCAAUGUAAACACAGAAGAAAAAAAGUUAAUCGAAGAGCUUAUCCAGAAAUUGAAACACUCAGAUGAAAGGAAUCAAGAAUUGCGGAAGGCACUGCAUACUGUUGAUCAGCAAUGUGAAAAGCUUGUGGAACUGAAAUUACGAUAUGAUGAAAAAGCACGCAAUCUUGCACUGAAUACAUCGAUGUCUUGCGUAGCACUACAAGGUAGUAGCCAGUGUGAGCGACCAGAUCUCGAAACAGGAUAUUCUGCAACGAAAAAGGAUCACAAGCUCUUAUCCCAGAAGCUUCUAGAUGACGGAGGUUCUGCACCGAAUGCAGUCAAACGCAAAUGUGCUCCAUGUCUCACUGCCUUCGGUAAACGUUCAAAAAACGAUCUCUACUGA